ACUUGACAGUGUUAACUGCUGACACAGGCGAAUCUCCAAAAGCUUAUGUUCGUUUGACUCAUUUGAAGAAGAUGACGUCCCAAGCUUCUACCCCGUCUGUAUAGUAAACACCUUGGAAAAUCACAGCCCGAUAUGAUGAGAUUCUAAGGUGAAUUAAAUCAGACAUGUACACUCAUACCAAAUACAAUAUUUGUGAACAUGAGGGCACAGGAAAACCUGCCACGGCAUUCCCGCCUUACGAAGAAAGACCCGAGACUUACUAUGUCCCUGUAUUGUUUGCCAUCAUAUUCAUCUUGGGAGUCGUUGGAAACGGAAUCAUAGUGAUCACCUUUCUCCGUCAUAAGACCAUGAGAUCUAGCUCUAACACUUACAUCUUCAGUCUAGCUUUAGCGGAUUUACUUGUGAUCAUCACCUGUGUUCCAUUCACCUCUAUACUGUACACUGUGAAGUAUUGGCCAUUUGGGACGUUCCUUUGUAAAUUGUCGAUGACCACAAAAGAUAUAUUCAUUGGUGUAUCUGUAUUUACCUUGGCUGCUCUCUCUGCAAGAAGAUAUAUCCCGAUAAAACACCCUAUCAGACAAAGAGUCUCAGAGGAGACAUUGUCUCAGUCUACCAGAACAGUCUUAGCGAUCUGGGGACUCGCUAUAUUUGUCUCUGUGCCUUCUGCGAUCGGUGCCCACCUCAGAGUGAUCAAUUCAAAUCCUUCAGCGGUGAUUUGCUACCCAUACCCGGCGGAGUACGGAUUGGCUUACGCGAAGGGUGUAGUUCUCGCCAAGUUUCUCAUCCAUUACGUAAUUCCAUUCAGUACAAUCGCAAUCGUAUACAUCAUGAUCGCUCGCCAGUUAAUAAUCAGCACCAGGAAUAUUUCCCUAUUCCCAGGUGGGCUGCAGCCUCACCAAGCGAGGCUAAUCAAGGAGAGAAGAAAAACAGCGAAGAAAGUGUUAGUCUAUGUUUUAAUUUUCGCUGUCUUUUUACUACCCCAUCACGUGUUUCUACUGUGGUUUUACUGGUUUUCCGAAAACCCCAUGAGAAACUACAACAAAUUCUGGCACUAUUUGAGGAUAAUUGGUUUCUGCCUCACUUUUGCAAACUCCUUUGUCAACCCUUUUAUCUUGUAUGACACAGGGACUUUCGGAAAGCACUUCAACCGAUACCUCCGUUGUAGACAAGACCCAAGUAGUAGUCAAGAACGUUCCAGCAGCCGGAGACUUACAAACUCAAGGACAACGAGUUGGUCAACAAGAAGUUAUUGAAGCUUCCGUCAAGGGACCAGUGCCAAGGACAAAGUUAUGUGACGUGUGGUCUGAAAAAGAGACUUUUUGAGAACAAUGCUGUAAACUCUAAUAUAUCUAAUAUAUUCG